AUGGCUACCAGACAUGAUUUUGCAGAUGCAUACAGUACAGAUACCAGUGAGGAAGAACAAGAAGAAGAAGAUGAAGAAGAUGUUGAAGAGGAAUCCAAAGAUUGCAAAGAGCUCAUUCCUAGCACGUGCCCACCACGUGGGAGGGCGUUUCUGGACCCAAGAUCCGAAUGGGUUCAAGAAUGGAACCGGGCGUUCCUUCUGGUUUGCGCCACCGGUCUGUUCAUUGACCCGCUGUUUUUCUACACACUCUCCAUAAGUGAACCAUGCAUGUGUGUGUUCGUCGACUGGUGGUUCGCCAUCACAGUCACGGUUCUCCGGUGUGUUACUGACGCCUUGCACGUGUGGAACAUGUGGUUGCAGUUCAAGAUGAGCAGGUGGUGGAGAUCGCCGCACCACCACCGUCGAUUAAGCCAUGACGAUGAAAUUGCACGUAACGUCGCCGCUCGGAUCAUAACCAAGGCCAAGAAAAGCUUCGUUUUUGAUCUCUUCGUAAUCCUCCCAAUACCCCAGGUUUGA